ACUGGAAACUGGAACUUAUCCUGAAGUGUGGAAAACCACAUACAUACUACCUAAGCACAAAGCAGGGGCCAAAACCAGUGCAUGCAACUAUAGACCUAUUAAUAUAACACCGGUAAUAUCACGAAUAAUGGAGAAAGUGGUUAAAGACCAAGUGUCAGACAACUUACUAGAACAUGAACUUAUCAACCCAUCACAACACGGAUUCCUCAAAAAGAGAUCAUGUGCGACCUGUCACAUAGACUUUUUCAACGAAGUUACACGAAGCAGGGACAACAGAGAACUAGUAAUUGUGCUAUAUUUCGAUAUAACAAAAGCCUUCGAUAGAGUCCCCCAUAAUCUGCUAGUCAGCAGGUUAUGCUCACUAGGGAUAUGUGACCCCCUCCUGAGCUGGAUAAAAUCAUUUCUCUGUGACAGGAAUCAGAUAACAAAAGUUGGCUCGAUAAACUCAAGGCCUAAACCUGUAAGUAGUGGUGUAAUCCAGGGAAGUGUAUUAGGCCCACUCCUAUUCAUAAUAUAUAUAAACAGUAUCUGUGAAUGCUUUAGUGUUGGUAAACCAAUACUAUAUGCAGAUGACUUAAAAGUGACCUAUAAAUGCAAGAACACAGAUCUCGGAAUAACAGUAAACGCCAUACAGCAAGAAUUAGAAAAAAUGGAUAGAUGGUGUGACACCUGGCAACUCCAGUUUAAUGUCGACAAAUGUGGCUGGCUCUGCAUAGGUUGCAACAAUUUAGAACUUGACCUGACAAUUCAAGGCCAUGCACUCUUACGACUGGAAUCUGUAUUGGACCUAGGACUGAAAUACUCACAUGACUUAUCAUUUUCUGAACAUAUCUCCAAACAAGUGUCAAAGUCACGCAGACUUAUCGGCUUUCUACUCAGGAACUUUUACAGAAAUGAGUCCAGAAUUCUGUUGUACAAGAUAAAACAUUAACGAUUAAGAUACUUACCCUCAAACAGACAAGAAGUUUCGUUUGUAAAACUUCUACCCAACACAAUAAGUGGAAUAAAAUGGACAUAAACCGACAACAUGAAAAAGAUAUAACUCACCACAACAUCACAUGGACAGAUGUACGCUCGUCGG